UAUACAAUAUAUGAACAGGUAAUCGAAGGCGACGAUGUCUUGGGACGAUGGUACGGCCAGGAAGGUGAAGAAAGUUCAUAUUACGUACGAUGACGUCAUCUACUCAGUCCAGGUUACGUACGGAACCGCACUUCAAGCCCCGCGUCGUGGCUCUGUUGGGCCCAUGUCUGUCGAGGUUAAUUGAAAGAGUAACAUACAAAUGUCUUUUAUAUUGUCAGUUUUAAUAUAUGUAACACAGUAAUUUGAACUUUCGUUUUCUUACAUACCCAAUAAUAGUUCACUUUGGAAUCGGACGAGUACAUAACAGCUCUUUCUGGUUACGCGUUGAGCACGCAAGACGUUGUAACGUCGUUGACUUUCACAACGAACAAGAAGACUUAUGGACCUUAUGGAAACAAAUUUGGUUAUCAGAUUUCUGCUCCUGAGAAGACCGGAAAACAGAUCGCCGGUUUUCACGGUACCAAAGACAAUAUUCUCAACUCCAUCGACGUUCACUACGCUCCCAUACCCACUGGAACCGGCGGUUCAGAGACCGGUUCAGGGGUUCAAAAGUUGCCUGGAGAAGGUCUCGUGGGUGGAACGGCAUGGGACGACGGAUCUGAUCACGAUGGCGUGACAAAUAUAUAUGUAGCAAGCACCUUGUUGGGCAUUAAAAACGUAAUGUUCGGCUAUAUGAAAGAUGGACAAUCGAAACAAGGUGGCCACCACGGUGGCGACCCUACGAAGCAAGAGAUUGUGAUUAACCAUCCGGACGAGCAUUUGGUUUCAGUCGAGGGUUGGUAUGAGUCCAGCUCCAAAUUCAUCAUGGGAAUCCAGUUCAAAACUAACUACAAGAUUUGUGCUUCCAUGGGCUAUAGAUACGAGGGCGGUAAUGAUUAUAAAUUUACUCACCAAGUUCAAGACAAGAAGAUCAUCGGGUUUCACGGUUUCGCCAGCAACCAUCUCAAUUCCAUUGGAGCUUAUUUUGCUCCGUUAUCCUCCACCACCACCCUUCCUAUCGGAACAGGUGGUUCAGGAGCUCAAAAGUUGGGUGCACAAGGUGUCACUGGUGGAUCUGCAUGGGAUGACGGGUCCUAUCACGACGGUGUCACAAAGAUAGUCGUAAGAACAUGUACGCUAGGGGUUCAGUUCGUUAACUUUUUCUAUGACAACGAUAUCGGAGCAGUUCACGGUGCGCCAGGUGAUCCUACUGGUUCAACGCAACAUAUUGUGAUUAACCAUCCUGACGAGCAUCUGGUUUCCAUCGAGGGUUGGUAUAUUUCUAAUUACAUCAGUGGAAUCCGAUUCAAAACAAACCAAAAGACUUCUGUUUACAUUGGCUAUGAAUACACGGGCAGUGGUACUAUAUUUACUCUUCAAGUUAAAGACAAAAAGAUCAUUGGGUUUCACGGUUUCGCCAGCGACCAUCUCAAUUCCAUUGGAGCUUAUUUCGUUCCAGUACUCUCAACCCCAACCCUUCCUAUCGUUCUCCCGAAGAGGUUUGGAGCUGUGUGGGACGAUGGUACUCACGACAAAGUUAAAAAGAUCUUUAUAGGACUAGGCCAAGAUGUUAUAGCAUCUGUCAAGUUUGAAUACAUAAAUGGUUCUGGAGUGGUUAAUGGAGUUGAACAUGGGACACCAACAUUGCUUGGAUUCGAGGAGGUACGUUAAAACAAACAUAUAAUAACACUCAGCAUCUAAGACAGUUUUUACUUUUUAGAUAAUAAAAAUCUACUCUAUUAAAAUAAAGUUCCUAAAAAAUCUAUAAUUUUUUUUUAAUGCUGAUUUAUUAUGAUAUUACAAUUAUGAGAAAAAUUAC